UUGAGUGUAACCGGUUUCUCUGUUAGAGGAUGAGAGAAGCCGAAGCAGGAUAUUCGAAAAACCCCAACUGGACUCACCAGUUCCCUUUCUUUUAUUUUAACUAUAAAUACCAUUCAGGUAUCUUAUAGCAGCUAAAAUGGCCACUUCAGCCAGUUCCACUUUGAGUAAAGCUGUGAAGCAGCAGUACAUGGAACUUCCUCAGGGAGAGAAGGUCCAAGCGAUGUACAUCUGGAUUGAUGGAACCGGAGAGGGACUUCGCUGCAAGACGAGAACAUUGGAUUCGGAGCCCAAGAGCAUCGAAGAUCUGCCAGAGUGGAACUUUGAUGGCUCCAGCACAUACCAGUCAGAGGGCUCCAACAGCGACAUGUAUCUGAUCCCAGCUGCCAUGUUCAGGGACCCCUUCCGCAAAGACCCCAACAAACUGGUCCUGUGUGAGGUCCUGAAGUACAACCACAGGCCUGCAGAAACCAACCUCCGCAAGACUUGCCAUAAGAUCAUGGAGAUGGUGGAGAAUCAGCACCCGUGGUUUGGCAUGGAGCAGGAGUACACCAUCCUGGGCACUGACGGUCACCCCUUUGGCUGGCCCUCAAAUGGCUUCCCGGGUCCCCAAGGCCCUUACUAUUGUGGCGUGGGAGCGGACAAGGCCUAUGGGAGGGACAUUGUGGAGGCACAUUACAGAGCUUGCCUGUACGCUGGGGUUCAGAUCUGCGGGACCAAUGCCGAAGUCAUGCCUGCACAGUGGGAGUUCCAGGUCGGCCCUUGUGAAGGAAUCAACAUGGGAGACCACCUAUGGGCGGCCCGCUUCAUCCUGCACCGCGUGUGCGAGGACUUCGGCGUGGUGGCGUCCUUCGACCCCAAGCCCAUCCCCGGCAACUGGAACGGCGCCGGCUGCCACACCAACUUCAGCACCAAGGAGAUGCGGGAAGAUGGCGGACUAAAGUCCAUUGAGGAGUCCAUCGAGCGGCUGGCGAAGAGGCACCAUUACCACAUCCGCGCCUACGACCCCAAAGGGGGGCUGGACAAUGCCCGCCGCCUGACCGGACACCACGAAACCUCCAACAUCCACGAGUUCUCCGCCGGCGUGGCCAACCGCGGGGCCAGCAUCCGCAUCCCACGCUCUGUGGGCCAGGAUAAGAAGGGUUACUUUGAAGACCGCCGCCCCUCUGCCAACUGUGACCCCUAUGCUGUGACUGAGGUGCUAAUCCGCACGUGCUUGCUCAGCGAAGAGGGCGAUGAGCCUGUGGACUAUAAGAAUUAAAUCCCCCUGCCCGCCCCACCCAGGACUGAAUAUUCUCUGCCCCACCACCCCCUCUUCCCCUUAAUACGUAUUCAAUCCCAUGUCUAAAGGCUGAGGUCUUAACUAGUACUGUAUGUUUGCUUUGGUGAAAGAGGGGGGGGAAAAAAAAAACCUUUUGAAUUUUAGUUUCAGUAGCACAAGUUGACUGGUCAACUUACCACCUGGAAUGAAAAUAAUCGAUCAAGAUCAGCCGUUUAGCGUAUAUGCAGGGGGUGUGUCGGGAGGCAUUGUGUGUUGUGUGUUGUCCUCGCCUAGGUAUCUGAACGGGGAAUGGACUAUGAAGACUAAGUCCCCUGGUGUAUGCUUUUCCCACCUUGUUCCAGUUGGGGUUAAUGGAAUAAAAUGGACCUGUGAGAAUAGAGCAACCUUAGGGUCACUGUUUUGGAAGGUUGCUGAAGUUCUCAUUGUCACUGCUAGUUCUGUACUUGUGUGUUGACCUGCCUUUCAAGCAUGUUUGUGACUAACACUAACGGGUGUACUGCUAAAUUGAAUUCCGAUUCACUGAUUUGUGUACGGUACACUGAAGUAAGGGUCCAAAAACUGCAUUUGUUUUGUGUACAUGUGGGUCUCUUGUCUACAUUUUGUAGAGUACCUGUCAAACUGAACUUGAUUGCUUCUCCCUAAUGUCUGCGUUUUAGAUUUUGGCACCUGUUUGGUAAGUCUCGAGUUGCUGAACCUGGUGUUUUUUAUGAAAUAAACGUUUAUUUUUUACCACAA